AUGACCCGCUAGAUAAUUUAAGCUUUCAGAAAUCUAAAAAUGAGAUCCUAGAUCAUUUCUAUUUAUCUAUUUAUUCUCUUUAUAGUAUUUGGAAUAGCUGGAGCAGCCAUUUAUAUUGAAAUCAAGAUAUUUUAUUAUAUUUCUCAACGAUCUUUAGAGAAUACUUUAGAAAUCUAAGACAUUAAGUAGAUUACGCUAACUACUCAUCUGAUGAAACACUAUAUCAAAGAGAAACAUAAUUUGAGUAUUCAAAAAUAUAUAAAAAAUAUCUAGGUAUUUAAUUAGUUGAUCAUAUCUCAUCUUUCUUGUUCCAUUAUACAAAAAUCUAAAAAGAAAUAAAAUUUACUAACCAAGUUGACCGUUGUCUUACUUUAGAUGAAUACUUAGAUGAUAUUUAUAUAGAAUAAAAACAAAAAAUGUGUUAUUUAAUUUAUGGAAAUAUUAAAUUAGAUGAUGCCUUACAACAGAGUUCAGAUAUAUACUAACUUUAUAAUGGUCUUAGGUUGUUAGAAAAUUUUGGUUUGGAAUUCAACUUAUUUUAUCCUGACUUUAUAUAAUUUGUGGAUAUUAGUAAUAUUAGUUUUAAUAGUUUAUAUCCCUUUGGUUAUUAAGUUCCAAACUAUGACCUUCAUAAUCGACCUUGGUAUUAUUUUUAUUUGAAUCUUAAGGUAUGUUGACCAUAUCAAAAAAGUUUAAUCUGACCCAAGCUAAUAAUAUUUCUUUACAGAUGUUUACAAGAUGAUAACUGGAGAUUAUAAUUAUUACUUCUCUAUUACUUAAUCUUUAUUUAAUUAAAACAAAAACUUUUUUGGCAUUUUAAAAGUGAUGUUAUCUGUAAAUGAUUAAAAUCUUUAAAAUGUUAAAUCUAAUAUAAUUUUGAUCAAUUAAUUUGGAUAAGUAAUUUACAAUGGAAUGGAAACUUAAAAGAUUAAUAAUAGCUAAACAUUUUAUGUUUAUAAUGAAACAAUUACUGGUUUUAAUGAAUCGGAUUGGAAAUAGAUGGAAGAUGAUUCUAUGUAUCACUCAAAUUUAAAAUUAAAGAAUCAAAAUUAAUUCUCUAAAUGUCUCAUUUUAUAUAAUAAAUAUUAUAAAUCUUAUGUACAUUUGAGAAGUGAAAAAUUUGAGAAAGAAAAUUUUACAUUAAUAAUGUAUUUUUUGUUUUUAAUUUUAGCUUUACUAAUAUAACAUCAAAGUUAAUUUUAAAAGAUAAAUUUGAAAAAGCUUAUCUUGAAUCUGAAUCUUAGAUUUUAAUUGCAGCUUUUUCAAUUUUGUUUUUGGGAGCCUUAUCUAUAAGUAUAAGUAUUUGUUAUAUAAAUAUGAUUUGUCUACCUUUAAUAGAAAUAAAUCGAAAAAUAUCAACACAUGUAUUAUCUGUUGGAAAUAAUGUCAAUGAGAUGAUUUUCAAAAUUCUUUAAUCUAAGAAAAGGUCUUAAAAUCUUUUUACAAAAUUAAAUGAAUAAAUUUGGAGUCUUUAUGAUACGAUUUAAAUAAGAUAAAAAAGAAAAUGUGAGCAAUGUAUUUUAAUAGAGAAAAUGUUCUACGAUAGAAAAUAGAUUAGUUUAAACCCUAAACCAAUUAAAAUAGGUCUAAGUUAAAUUCCAAAUAAUGUAGAGGUAGAUCGAAAAGAGUUUUAACAAUUCCUCUAUGAUUUGCUUUAAUAAUUCAAAGUCUAAGAAAUAUGA